CAGCACUGAUUUCAUUUACUGAGGUGUUGGAUGGCUGCUUCAUGUGUCUUCAGAGGGGAUUUCCAGUUAGAAAUGAAACUACUGUAAAUCAAAGAAGACAUGAAGGUGCAGAAAAUACUUAUCUUUCUGUUUCAUUUGAAUGCUGUAGCUUCAGGUCCUGAAGAGGUAACCGGGCGAUUAUCCGAAGAUUUUGUCCUUCCUUGCUCUUUUGCACCUGCAAAAGGUGAAGUAAUUUACUGGAAGAAAGGGAACAAAAAUGUGCACAGCUACUACUACGAUAAGGAUCAGCUAGAACGUCAAGACUCUGAGUACAAGGGGAGAACAUUCCUUUUUCAUGAGCAAAUUCCCACUGGAAAUGCAUCCUUGAAACUGAGUAACUUGAGCCUGAGUGAUGCGGGCUCCUACACCUGCUAUGUGGGGACAAAUCAAGAUAAAACAGAAGUGGAAGUCAGGCUUCACGUAACAGUUUCCCGCUCUUAUGCAAUGGAAUAUGAAAAACGAGACACUGAGAGACUGUUGAAAUGUCUUGCCUUUCAUAUUUAUCCUGAGCCAAACAUAUCAUGGGCAUAUAACAGUACAUCUAUGCAAAAUACAAAAAUAGAAGUAACCCAGGAUGGCCGUCUCUAUUCAGUUAGAAGUGAGCAGAACAUUACAAACAAAGUUUCUUCUUACCAGUGUCACGUUCAGUUUCACAACGAAAAUUGGACUGCUGAAUGGAAAAUGGAAGAUCCAUUUUUUAAAAAGGAAGGAGAUACCGUUUCAAUUCCAUGUGAAUUUAUGGCUGAAGGGUCUCCAUAUACUAAAGACUUUAUAGUUACUUGGACAAUAAUCAGACAUGCAUCUACCUUGGUUCUGGCAUCCUCCGACAACCCAUCACAAACCCCUGAACAGUUUAAAACUCGAUUCUCUUGGGAGAAAAUCAAUGAACAGGACUAUUCAAUAAUCUUAAGGGAUCUUACUCUGGCAGACAGUGGAGAAUACAUGUGCAAUAUUUCAACACCACACUAUACACAACUCACUGUAAGAAUUUUGCACGUUGGGGAAAAAUCCUCACAUUACCACUGGAUAGCUAUAGUGCUGCUGAUCCCCAUCAUUGCCUUGGUGGUAUGGUGUGUUGUGAAGAGACGGCGGCGGACUGAGACAUAUUAGAAAAAUAAAGAGAGAGCACAGAUAAAAUGGCUGCAUACGGACAGUUUACAAUGUAAUGAAGAAGGAAAAGAUUUCGUAACAUAUGAUCAGAAACUUGAGCAAUAUUUUAAUGCAAAUGCUAUGGAAGAUAUAGAUGACUGUUUCCUAACAUUGGUGUGUAAAACCACUUUUGCAGUAUGUAAAAGUUUUCUGCAAGAACCUGACAAGCUGGAAUAUGAGAAUAUAAAAGAAAUUCUAAAGAAGCAUUUUUGUGCCUACCACCAAUUUUUUAACAGAACCAUAUAAGUAAGUUUCAUCUAAGAAACCAGCUAGAAGGAGAAAGCAUCUCCGAUUUUUUGGCAACCCUGAAAAAACUGUCCACUAUUCUGUUUUGGUAAUUUUCUGAAGGAGCUCUCAGAUCAAUUGGAAUUAAGAAAGAGGUUGUUGGAUGUUGUGUAUCACAAGGAACUGCCACUAGAUGAAGACUGCUCUAUUUGAAUCCACACAAAAAGUGCACCAAAAUUUGAAAAUAAAUUGGCCUAAUCAUGCUGGGCUGGCCUCAGCAGUGGAUGAAAGAAACACCACCACCUCUCAUAGGAUCCAAACAGAACAAAGGGAGCCCUGUUUCUGCUGUCUGGGGACACAACACCGGCAGGAGCACUGCACCAGGGUACAGCGAAGGAUUGUCAAAAGGAAGCCAAAAUGUCUACAUGUAGGUGCCACCAUCCUAGUUAGGUAGUGACUGUCAGGGUUGGAAGCAGGUCCCCUGGGGGAAAGGAUGCAUGAGCUAUACCAUUUCACAGAACUGUAUGUGGUGGGAAAUGGGACAGACAUAUCAUCCCUUGUAUUAUGAUAAUGUAAGGGUAAAUGACAUGAUAUUGGCAAUGGAAGCAGAUACAGGAGUGACCAUAUCUGUGAUCUCUGGGGGCAGGGAGGAGGGUGUUAAAAUUUUUUUUUCCUGGGUUAAGAUCAAGAGAAAUAAUGUACUUGGACAGCAUUACAAUUAGGGGCAGAUAGCUGUGUUAUGCAGCCUCCCCAUUACUGUUAUUUAUAUAGAUAUCUAUUCACCAUUAGAGUUAAUUGUGAGUGAAGGAAAUCUCCCUUCUCCACUGAUGGGCACAAAUUCGCUAUACAAGUUUAAACUGGAUUGGAGAGCAGUGCACGACAUGCUGGACAGUGAUGGAACUGAAAAAUACAAAGCUGUCGGUGGAUUGGACAGAUGUGGGUUUGGAAAGAGGCAAUAACUGUGAGGCUAGUUGUGUCUGACAAGGCCUAAAUUCCUGAAGGCUAGACCUGUGCCUUAUGCUCCACAAGAGCCUGUGGAAAAGAAAAGUGAAAAACCCACGACAUAAACCUCCUAGAUUUUUCUGCCUCAGGCAGUGAUGGUACAAAAUUACAGGAGAGGGAUGAAGUUGGGGGGAAAAGUGUGGUAACGAAGAUAUUGGGCUUAAUGACACAUUUGAUAGUGAUAAUGAAGAGGUACAUUGAUUAACUGUUACCAGAUAAAAACUCAGUGUGUUUACAGAAGGUGGCCCCUGAAGCAAGAAGAAAUUGUUUGGGUUUUUGUUGGCUGGAGGAGGAAGAAUUGGUGCUGGAAGAUGGUGGCCAAGAAGUGAAGAGUGCCCCUGCUGGGCCUGAGGAAAAAGUUUAGGUAGCCCUUUCUUUCCCUGACAAGUACCGCUGGCCACAACCUGUAGCAAAAUGGCAAACCCAGCUGUAAGGUUAAACUUGUAAUUUGGUUUUUACGGUUGUGUUUAUUAAUUAAGGAAUUUACAGGGGAGGAGUGUGCUGUUUUGAGGAAUAUGUUGGAAUUGCAAACUAUUGCUUUAAGAGCAGGGUGAGGAUGAUUCCCUUGUCCUGCCUUACAGCCUAAUGGGGCUCUGUAGCAAAGCAUGAGAUUGGCUCGGAAUCGCUUUGAAAAGAGCUAGCUUAAAGUAAGGUAGGGAGAGUUGGGCCUCCCUGCUUUAGGGAGCAGCCUGUUUUUCUUCCUCUCCGUGUUUGGGUUUGUGUGUUAUUGUUCAGCAUUCUACAAAACAUGGUUAUGUUGCAACUUUUCAGCAACAGUAGCUAUGUGUUUUAGCUGCUUCUCUGUGCAUAGGCUGUGCACCUGUGCGCGUAACAAAAAGCAGGCUUGGAUUGCUGAGCAAGAAAACUGUCUGCUGCUGUUUGCUCCUACUAUAUUCAGGGAAACAGGAGGUUGGACCAUACUACUUAGAAUUCAGAAUGAUAGCACAUAAACUGCAAAUCAACACUAGUAUCAAUAACAAUCUGGCUGUGGAAGCACAGCUUGGCUGAGUACACACACUGCCAAAAUUGAAGGGUACAUGCAAAAGUGCCCAGCCGGGGCUUGACCCUCCCUGAGGAGAAGGGGAGCCACACCGGCCUCGCUACACGCUGUCCGAAUCUGCCCUUCUUGUCAGGUCUAAGCGACGCUGCCCAGUCGCUUGGGACUCCGGGCUUCUGCUACAGGGCGGAGUAAACAAAAAUUCAGCUCUCAGGGGUCUCAGGCCUUCAGUCCUGGGGCUGAGGGCCUCCUUGCCCAAGGCACGGGCUGCUCGAGCCCCUUUUAAGGGGCCCAGCUCGAGCCCCAAGUUUAAAGGGGCCCAGCCCUUGGGUCGGGCAGGGCACCAAACACACAGUUAUAGAGGCUCAGGCCCUCUUGGCUCAGGGCUGAGCAACCAGUAGUUCAGGCUGCUCAGGUCCUUUGGGGCAGGACCAAGCAGUGGCACAGUUUAAAGGGGCCUAGCCCUUGGAUCGGGCGGGGCACCAAACACAGUUAUACAGGCUCAGGCCCUCUUGUUUUGACUUCAGGACACAAAUACUCAAGGAAACAGACUGUGUGAAACACACUUGCUCAGGAGACAGAAUAGGUGUCUGAGGUUUCAAGUAAAUAGAAACUUAGAACCACGGAGAACUCUUUGCAUUCUCUUUUAGGUACGCUGUGUACAGUUGCACUAGGAAAGAAAAACAAGGAAGCACUUUAGUUGCAUUGAACUAUUAGCAGCAGAACAAACCAUAAAAAGAUGGUUGAAAAGAGUUGAGCAGCUUGGGAGUGUUUUCAUACUGACUCGCUCUGGUAUGCAGAAAAUUUGAACACAGUAGAUGUAUUCAAAAACUGGCGCAGUCCUAAGGAAAAAUGUUUGUCCGUGCAGCAAAACAGCAAGAGACGGCUCAAUGUCACGGUGCACUGUGUAUUUGUAAACUAAGCCCCUUACGGUAAACACUUCUUAAAAAUAGUUGUUAAUUAGUGCUAAUGAAAUGGACUAGGACUGACAGCUUUGAAGACAUCUACAAUGGUACAGUUUGGGUAUGAGAAGCAUUACCAUUAAUUUUAUGAAGACCUACUAAAUAUGCCAUACAUUUAUACCUUACCUAUUACUGGCUUAAACAAAUCCAAAGAAGUGAUGGGGGAGACAAAUUAUCUGACCUGAAAAGGAGUAAAGGCAUCUCCUCAUUCACUGAAAAUCCUUACCUGUAUACUGAAUUAAUAAUACUUUCGAUGGUUUUCCAGGGUGUAGAGGUGGGGUCCUUGUCACUAUUCUAUUUUUCAUGCCUGUGACAGAGAAAUGGGAAACUAUUGUCUUGAAAUUAAGAUAGCUCAAAUUUUUUAAGUAUCAGAGCGGUAGCCGUGUUAGUCUGGAUCUGUAAAAAGUGACAGAGAGUCCUGUGGCACCUUAUAAACUAACAGACGUAUUGGAGCUUAAGCUUUCGUGGGUGAAUACUCACAUGCAUCUGAUGAAGUGGGUAUUCACCCACGAAAGAUUAUGCUCCAAUACGUCUGUUAGCCUAUAAGAUGCCACAGGACUCUUUUGUUAAAUAUUUAAGUCAUUUGUAGGUUCUGGUAAAGGCAAUAUGGUGCUGGUGCCAUUUUUUAACACAUUAGCAUUUUGUAACUGAUGUGGCGGAUCCUGUAUAUUAUUGUAAUUUUGCACAAAUCCAGCGCUAGGUGAGCAUGGAAAUCAUGACUUUUGCACAUUUGAUAAGGUACACUUUCCAGUGUUGGAGGCUAGGCUUGUUUCAGUUUGUUUAAUUUCUUGGGAAUCUACCAGUACUAGGAACUCAUUUGUACAUAAUAUUGCUGGUAAUAUCUUGUCAUGAAAAAGUAGAGGUUCCAUGCCUGGCACGUAUUUAAUAGUGUAACAUUGGAGCCAGGUUUAACCCAACAUACCACUUUCCUGAAAGGUUUUUUGAACUCUGUUAAUUUUUAAAUGAAAAACACACUCUGAGCAUUGCCCCAGAUAUGUCAGCGCACACACACACACACAGAGAGGAAAGUUUUCUGACAUGCAGGGCUGCCAGACUGAAUGUGGGAAGCCAAAGUAAAUUAUAAUCAGGUAGAGAAAAAACAUCAAUGGAAACCUAGAAUUGGGUUGAAAGUCUAAACCUUAAAAAAAGCCACGUAUAACAUUGGUAUAUUACCCUAACUAAGGAAUUAAAACCCAAUUUUUUAAUCUUAGAUUUUUUCUGUCUGCCAGCUGAUUUUUCAAUGCACAGAUGACAUCAAAACCCCUCUAUUAUUCUUCCUAAAACAAGUCCAGCUGAGGAGUCAUGUUGCCUUUUUUCUAUCUGCUAUGACUGUAGACUAUUUUAAAAAAUGCAGGCUAAUCUUAGGUUUUGGAGCAAUAGGUGAAUCACCCUGUGUGGGUUCCCAUGCAGUUUCCUCCUCAUCUCUGACCAAGACCCUACCACCUCUGUAUACCCAUGGAUGCUUCCCUAGCUCAAUUACCUACUGUCCACAGUCAGUUCAUGGUGGUCAGGGCCGGCUUUAGGAAGUGCGGGGCCCAAUUCAAACAUUUUCGGCGGGGCCCUGGCAGGGAUGACUUAAAGUGGAAAAAAAAAAAAAAGCCUUUCAUUUCUUUCAUGUAUUAUUUACUUGCCAUAACUAUAUAAAUAAUAAAAUUAUAUAUUAUGUACAUUGCAUCAUAUAUGCUGUUAAUUGGCUAUUAAUGACCGCCGUUUCACAUGUGUGGGUCCCCACCACUCCCUGGGGGUGUGCACAUGUAUUGGUCCCAGCUGCUCCCUGCCCCCCCUCAUUGAAGCAGGUGUGCAGGGUUACUGCCCUGGAAACAUGGAGCCCUGGCCGGAGAGUGGCAAAGCCCCACUGCCCCGCUCUCCUGGCUGGAGCCCUGGCCGGAGCACGGCAAGCUCCGCCGCCCCGGCUGGAGCUCUAGCUGGGAGAGCGGGGCUGCGCCGCGCUCCCGCUGGCGCUUCACUCAAAGAAGCGGGACCAUGGAAGACCCCAGAGCAGACCGCAGCUGGGGACCGGGGUAAGUUAAAAAAAAAAUUAAAAAGGUGCCUAAGGCACAGGGCCCGAUUCCCUGGAAUCGGUCGAAUCGGCCUAAAGCCGGCCCUGAUGGUGGUGGGCUCCCAUCACAGCUAUGAUGAGCCAAAGCCUUUAGUAGCCCACAUUCACAGCCAUGGGAAGUCAAGAUGAUGAGCUGAAGCUGAGGUUUCCAAGAGGAGAGCAGGGGAGAGAGGGUUAGGAGUUUGUCAGUCUCUGCUCUGACAUGAAACUGGUAUGGGACUGUGGCUGACAGGAUGGAUGUAAGUGGCAUAGGGCCAUAAAUGUGGAAGGCUGUCCCCUGCACAUGGUCACUUCAAAACUCUCUGUAUGAAGAAUGUUAACUGCGGGGGAGGGAGAGAGCGAGAGAGAGAGAGAGAGAGAGUUUUUGCAUUACUAACAAGAUAAUGAGCAGGGCAAUCAGCAGGAUUCAAGUAGUUUUUUGAGCUCUGGGACCAGGGCUCAACAAGUGUAAGGGAAAGAAAAACACUGCAAAAUCUGGUCUGGGUUUUCAUUUCAUUUUUAUUUCUUAAGGUGCCUAUUCUGCUUCAACUGCGUAGCUCAUCAAUUAUAAUGAAGCAUCAAACACUGUUCAGUCUUCAGUGCACAGUAUACUCACUCCUCUUCAUGAACCUGAAAUGUGAUUUUUGUGAGAGAGACAGUAUGAUCAAUUAAGAAUGAAAAUGUUUACAUAGUUUCUUAAAGAGUAAAUUCUCAGGUAUCAGACAAAAGCUUCUAUUCCCUUUCACUCAUUGUAUUAACAAAUUCUCACUGGCAUAAGCAUAAACUGGCUUAGCUUUCUUGAAGUCAGUGGUGCUAUACUGAUUUCCACCAGCUGAGAAAACUGAUCAGUUUCUUGUCAGGAUACUAUUGUGUAUGUUAUUAACAGUUUAUGAAUUUCAUGCAGCACUGUUAGGAGGUACACCACAGUUCUGUGGCAAUAUAGUCCAUUCUACUAAACUGUUCUCGCUAAGGGUUUGUCUAUAUGAACACUUAGUUUGCAGCAAGCCGGGGUGUAUAUGUAUCCAUCACUACCUUACUGGGCACUAAGUGUGUGAACUUUGCUGCCGUGCUCUAUAAGUUCCUUAGUGCUUUUU